UGACAUCAUAUUUCCUCGCCUGUGUUCCGCUCUUUCCCUCGUCGCGUCGGUCGUGAUUAUUGUUCUCGUUAUUUACCGACUGUUUGCUCCGGUAUCUGCCGCCGGUUUGGAGGCACGCGGUGUCUGUGUGAGCAGUAUGGGUCCCGUCGAGCUCCUCCACAUGUCCGUCUUCUCUCAGAGUUUCUCUCCCUGCGGUCGAUUUCUGGCAGCUGGAAACAACUAUGGAGAGAUUGCUGUGUUCAGCCUGUCUGCAGCUCUGAGUCCAGACGCCACGGCGCUCAGUCAGAAACCUGUCCUGACCUUCACAGCUCACGAGGGCCCCGUCUUCUCGCUCCUCUCCACCGACUGUCACCUCCUCAGCGCAGGGAACGGAGAGGUGAGCGCCUGGAGCUGGAGCGAGCUCAUCAAGAAGAACGUCAAACCUCUGUGGACAAAGAGACCAAACUACAAAUCCAGUCUGGAGAUCCCAGAGAUCAACUCCAUGGUCAUCAGCCCCAGAGACAACAGCCUGGUCGUUGGAGGAGGAGACAACAACAUCCACAUCCUGGACCUGGAGCACGGAGUCUUUAAGUCUGUCCUCCAGGGACACUCGGACUACGUCCACUGUGUGAGCGUGAGAGAGCGGGAGGCAGAGAUCCUGUCGGGGGGCGAGGACGGGGCGGUGAGGAUGUGGGACAGCAGGACGGGUCAGAGUGUCCACUGCAUCGAGGUCUACAAGUACGAGAGCUGCGCCCGGCCUCAGUACGGUAAAUGGAUCAGCUGUGUGACGACUGACUCUGAUUGGAUGCUGUGUGGUGGAGGUCCGUCUCUGUCUCUGUGGCACCUCCGCUCUCUGUCGCCCACCUCCAUCUUCCCUCUGAGCGGCUGUCAGAGACAGGCCGCCUUCUACCAGGACAUGAUCCUGGCUGUAGGUGAAGGCCCGUUUGUGUCUCACUGUCUUCUGGGUGGAGACGUCAAAGCUCAGAUCCCGUGUACGCCGCAGAGCCUCAACACGCUGCAGCUCAACACCAACAGCUCCGAGCACAGGGUGCUGACGGUGGGAGGGAGCAGCGACCACAUCGACGUGUUCACGAACCUGUCGUACAGAACGUUCUCACUCAGCUUCUGACGCGCGCGCGCACGCACACACACACACACACACACACAGGUUGAAUGAUGAAUGUUUGUGUGUCCGUCAGUAUUUUUACUGGCGUUAAAAACUUUUGUAUCAUUUAGUCUGAAUAAAAUAUUUUUGUCUCAUUUUA